CGGACGCAAAACGAGCACCUUAACUUCUUCCAGAAAGCGAGAGGAGAGGAGGAGGAGAGAGAUGUCGAACCCCAGCGGCGCACAUAUUCUGGUAUUCCCUUACCCUGCGCAGGGGCACAUGAUACCCCUCCUCGACCUGACUUACCAUUUAGCCGUCCGUGGCCUCUCCAUCACAAUCCUCGUCACACCCAAAAAUCUCCCCAUCGUCAAUCCACUACUCUCCAAAUGCCCCUCCAUCCAAACUUUGGUCCUCCCUUUCCCAAAAUACCCCUCCCUUCCCCUCGGCGUAGAGAACGCCAAGGACCUUCCCGACAACAAGGCCAUCAUCCCUAUGAUGCACGCCCUAGGAUCCCUCUACCAUCCUGUCCUCCACUGGUUCCAGUCCCACCCUUCCCCUCCGACUGCCAUCAUUUCAGAUUUCUUCCUCGGGUGGACCCACCGCCUUGCCUGCCAGCUCGGCAUCCCACGUGUCGUCUUCUCGCCGGCUGCCGCUUUCACGCUCGCUAUUGUUAAUUUCCUCUGGCGCACCAUGCCCAAGUUAGCAAACCCUGCUGACGUGGACUCCCCUUUCUCCUUCCCUCACAUACCUAAUUCUCCAAAAUAUCCAUGGAAACAUCUGUCACCCAUCUACAGGAGUUACGAGGAGGGAGACCCAGUUUCGGAAUUUAUAAAAGAGGGGAUGCGUGCGAAUCUGGUGAGUUGGGGAUACGUUUUCAACUCGUUCAGUGAGUUGGAUGGCGAGUAUCUGGAGCACUUGCGGGGGGAUCUGGGGCAUGCGCGCGUGUGGGCGGUGGGGCCCCUGCUGCCUUCUGGCGAGGUGGGUCCCACGGAACGUGGCGGGGCAAGCUCCGUGCCAGCUGGCGAGGUGAUGAGCUGGCUUGACCAGUGUACGGACGGAUCGGUGAUUUAUGUGUGUUUCGGCAGCCUGGUCGUGCUGACUCGGCGCCAGAUGGAGGCGCUGGCGGACGGCUUGGAUGCGAGUGGGGCACGGUUUGUGUGGUCCAUCAAGGAGCCCACGGGCGGCCACGCGGGGGGGGAGUACGGCGUGGUCCCUGCCGGGUUCGAGGCGCGCGUGGCAGGACGGGGGCUCGUGAUCAGGGGGUGGGCCCCACAGGUGUCGAUACUGGGCCACCGGUCGACCGGGUCGUUCCUGACUCACUGUGGGUGGAACUCGGUGCUGGAGGCAAUCGUCGCAGGCGUGGCGAUGCUGGCGUGGCCCAUGAGCGCGGACCAGUUCUUCAACGCGGGCCUGGUUGUGGAUCAACUGGCCAUUGCGGCCCGGGUCUGUGAGGGUGCCGAGUCAGUCCCUGACUCAGCCGAGUUGGCUCGGGCUGUGACCGAGUCAAUGAGUUCGACCUGGCCGCAGAGGGCCCGAGCCAAGGAUCUGAGCCGGGCAGCCGUGGGUGCGGUCAGAGAAGGUGGGAGUUCUUACAAGGACUUGGAUGAGUUAGCGACCGAGCUUCGCCAACUCGGUGUCAAGUCCAACGAUGAGUAAAGGGACUUAGAAAAUCUGUAUUUUUGUAGUCCCGUCUAACGAAUAUGAAUAAUCCUUAUCACUGAGAAUAAAGGAGAAAAGGCGUUUCUAUC